CAAGGUCCCUUCCGAUUCUGUUAAUCUAAAGUCUAAACGGCCUUCCCGGGACUGCCGACUGGGCGGAGCGGGGCGGGCGGAGCGAGGCGGGUCAGCCGCGGCGGGGCUAAGCGGAGCGACGAGCGAGGAGCCGGGUUGGCCGGCAGCGCUGCGAGAUGCUGAAGCUAGAGGUGGCGGUGAGCGCGGUGAGGCUGCGGGCGCCUUCGCCUCGGCGGCAGUGGAGCCCCAACAAAGCUCACACGGUAUUCAAAGUGGAGAUCAUGUGUAACGGAAGGAAGCACUGCGUGGAGAAGCGCUACAGCGAGUUUUACGCACUUCAUAAAAGGAUCAAGAGGAGCUACCAGGUUCCUGAUUUCCCACCCAAGAGGGUCCCCAAAUGGAUGGUGAAAGUUCUGCAGCAACGGCGGGCAGGUUUAGAAGCUUACCUGCAGGGUGUCAUCUUGCAAAACCAAACCCUUCCCAAGGAGCUGCUCCAUUUUUUGAAGCUCUGGCAGGGCCAGCAGGAGCCCCAUGUGGCAUGGGAUGAGAAUUCUUCCUUGCAGGACUUCAGCCCCUUAGACCAGCUCUCUCACCGCCCUGGCGUAAGCUUCCACAGCGAUCCAUAUGUACUCCCGUCUUCCACAGGUUUGCUUCCCGAUAUAAUCCUGAGCGGUGUCCUGCAGGGUCUCUACGCCCAAGACCGCGAUCUGCCUGGAAGCAAAACUCUUAACCGAGUCAGAGAUGCAAAGGACAAUGGCAGUGGCCCAUGGGACUUGUCUUCUGGGCCUUUCUUCCUUGCCUAGGGUUGCUACGGAGAGGCCUGCUUUGCAAUGGUGUGCCUGGAAAGAGGAGCACAUACAAAACAGAGGGAUGGAGGGCCUACCGGCUGCAGAAACAUCCACCUGUUUCACCCAGGGGAAGAGCGGGAAAAAAAAUAAUCCACAGGAGUAGAUCCUAGGUUUGUGGAGUAGGGUAUCAAUUAAACGCACUGUGGUUUAUUCCCACUGCAUCUCUUCUGCAGAAGAAUUCAGCCAUUGGAAAACUCAUUAGGCCCUCAUCUAGGAGAGGCUGCCACCUGCCAUAUUUUUUCGGACUAUAAGACGCACCUAAGUUUUGGCCUACUUUUUUUCGGGCCUUUUCCAGUAAUUUUUUGGCCUGUUUUCCAGGCUUUUUUCUGCCCAUUUUCAAGGCUUUUUUCUGCCCUUUCCCCCAAAAAUUGGCCCAAAGAAGCCUCAAAAAUGGGCUCAAAAAGCCUCAAAAACAGGCCAAAAAAAGCCUUGAAAAUGGCCCCCCAAAAGGCCCAAAAACAGGAAGCCAAAAAGUGCCCUGCAGGUGGGAUGAGUUUCGGCAUCUAUAAGACACAGACAUUUUUACCCCCUUUUGGGAGACAAAAAAGUGUCUUAUAGUCCGAAAAAUACGGUAAAUAGAAUUUUCUCAACCACUUUUAAGAUGCACGGAGUUCACUUCCACCGCAUUCCGUAUCAAUUCGAAUCCUGUUCAGUCUUAGCAAAGGGGAAAAUCUGUUCUCUUUUGUGGAUUCAUUUUUCCCCUCUUCUUCACCAGAGUUAGCGAGCUAAACUCCAAGGCUGGCACCGAGAUGGGUCAAAAGCACCUUAUCGUUGUUUUAAGGCUGGGAAUUCCUCCCAACAAUUGAAAACUGGGUAGCCUUCCAAAUGGGUGGGAUACGGCCCAUGUUCCUGGCAGGGCUGAAGAAACUGAGAGCUGUGAUCCAUCACCUUGUGCAGUGUUUUCUCAACCUCAGGAACUUUUGGAUGGGAACAAGCGCCGUGGUGGCGCAGUGGUUAGAAUGCAGUAUUGCAGGCUAUGGCUGCCGGCUGCCUGCAAUUUGGCACUUCGAAUCUCACCAGGCUCAAGGUUGACUCAGCCUUCCAAGGUGAGUAAAAUGAGGACCCAGAUUGUUGGCGGCAAUAGGCUGACUCUGUAAACAGCUUAGAGAGGGCUGUAAAAGCACUGUGAAGUGAUAUAUAAAUCUAAGUACUAUUGCUAUUCUCUUUUUUUUCUUUUUCUUUCUUUCUUUUCUUUCUUCUUUCCUUCCUUAUUUCUUUUCUCCUUCCUAAUGCCGCUGUGGUUAGAAUGCAAUAUUGCAAGCUAAUUCUGCCCACUGCUAGGAGUUCGAUCCUGACUGGCUCAAGGCUGACUCAGCCUUCCAUCCUUCAGAGGUGGGUAAAAUGAGGACCCAGAUUGUUGGGGGGCAAGAGGCUGACUCUGUAAACCGCUUAGAGAGGGCUGCAAAAGCACUGUGAAGCGGUAUACAAGUCUAAGUGAUAUUCCUAUUGCUACACUUCAGCUCCCAGCAGUUAGGAAUUCUGGGAGUUAAAAGUUCACCCAAUGAAAACUGCUGGGCUUCAGAAACCCUGAUCAGGUAGGCUAUCGUGGUUAAGACUAGUUCCCCAAAAUCAACUUCUGAAAAGCUCUUCAUACUAUGAAGAAUGCCAUUUUCCACCAGGGGGCCCAGAACAGUUUCCUGUGUUUUCAAAAUCGGAGGAAACUAGGAUUUUACUCUCUUCUGCUCAUCAAAAGGCAACUGUGGGGACCUCCCACCCCUCGAACUGGGCUUACAGCACGUGCUAAAAACUAUGUUUGGUGGCACUAACUACAAUGGACUUGAGUUUUCCUGUCCUGGUGCAUGAAGACAAAGGCAAGGCAGACGUUCUACAAAAA